CUCCCUCGUUCUUCCGACUCGCGACGCUACGCUGGUCGAUCAGGAUUUGACGCCGAAGGCUCUCUGGGACAAGAUGGCACUCUGAAGGCCUGCGGUGUACACUUGCAGCGGCGAAAUCCGGCAGUGCAACGGCGAAGUGCGCUGGCUCUUUCUGGCAAAAUGGCGUCUCCCUCGGCAACCGCCCUCAGCUUUGCUGCUGUCGACAGCAGGACCGAAGCACUUGACUCGAUAACCUUGUCAGACGCUCCCUUGACUUUAUUUAGUCGUUCACGGCUGCCACUGACCAACAUCAGCUAUGGCUUUGAGUUCCCACCUAGUCUUGGAGGACGUGGGGGACCUGUUCUUAGGGCCCUCAUUUAUGAUGGCUGACCCCAUGGGGCCCCUUCUGGACCAAGAUGAAGAGGAAGCUCUCUCUCCCUCCUCCUCUUUAGAGAGGAAGGCAGCAGCUUCGCCUUCCCUCUCUUUCUCCUCCUAUGCCACCUCCCCGUCUCCUUAUCAGUCUCUGUCUUCUUCCCCUCUCUCUUCCUCCUCCCCACCGCCCUCUCCUCCCACAUAUCCUUUUGUGGGAACCAAAGCUGAGACAUACUCAACACCUUUCUCCUGGCUUGGUGCCGGUGACCUGCUCCGCACACCUGAUGGAGCAGAUGACAAAGAUGAUGCUUUCUCAGGCAUGGACUGGAUGGUGGAGAAAAUCGACCUGAAUGACUUAGACCUGGAUUCCCUCAUUGGCUCUUGUGCCUCUGAUGAGUCUCCCAGCUCCCCGGAAGAACUCCUGGCAUCCCUCGAUUCCCACAUGGAUCUGGAUCUAGACUCCUUCGACGCAGCUAUCCCUACCCAGCACACUGUUCUGGAACUGGACCUACCGCUGCCCGACCUCCCUCCGCUUCCUCUGGAGCUGUCUUCUUCUAGGGAAACCGAGGUGAAGCUGUUGGAGGUGGCUUGCGAUGGAGACACCAUGGUGAAGUCUGAGCCUUCUUCGCCCACUCCCUCCCCAUGUCCCUCCGUGUCUCCCUCCUCUCCAGCCUCCACCCUGGAACUAGGGAGUGAAGUGGAUGUCCAGGAAGCAGACAAGGCCAUCCCCUCCGUGACUGCCACUGUGGUUCCCGAUCCCAGCGGACACAUCCAGACCACUGCGCCUAUUGUCCUCUCUCUCUCCCCCUCUACCCACUUGGUGGUGGUCCUUGCCCCCAAGGAUGAGCCCACCUUUGUCCCUCUCCCCAGUCCAACAGUCAGCGCAUCUCCCCCAUCUAGCGCUUGUGACAGUGACUCUGGCUUUGAGUCGGCUGCUGGCUCCCCUCCUCAUCUCUCUUCUUCACCUCCUUCUCCUUCUGCCUCCACAUCCCCCUUAUCUGCCUCAGCUGGUUCCUCCAGGACCAAACCCUACUCAAAGCCAGAACCUGUCUCACCCUCCCCUUCUCCCAAGGCCUCCAGGGUAAAGUCAGUGUCGGGCACUCCCAAGGUGGUGGAGAAAAAACUGAAGAAGAUGGAACAAAACAAGACGGCCGCCACGCGCUACCGACAGAAGAAGCGCGUCGAGCAGGAAGUGCUGAAUUCUGAGUGUAGUGAGCUGGAGAAGAGGAAUCACGAGCUGGCGGAGAGGGCAGAAUCCAUCAGUCGAGAAAUAAAGUACCUCAAGGAUCUGAUGGAAGAAGUCCGCAAUGCCAAGAACCGCCGCGGCAAAACUUGCACGGUGGCCUAGGCAUGACAAGAUGUGGCAUAGCCUGCCAUUAUGCAACAGUAGGGUUGUUUUUUUGUUUGGUCGCAUUAGCAUACUGUGGCAAAUGAGCAUUUAGCCAUAGCAGCAUGCUCUAUUGGUGGGUAUACUUCACAGGAAGAGCAUGAAAGCAGUAUGCCAGUGCAGACAUAAAAAAACCCUUACCAGUACAGUAAAAGGAGGGAUUGGGGUUAGAUGAAAUUGAACUCUAGGAAAGUUGAUAAAUAGAGAAGGGGGCUGGGAGGAUGUCAGUGGAAGCAUCUGUACAUGCUGGUCUCUCAGCCCCCUGCAGAUAACCUUAAUAUAUGCCAUGUCACGCAACACUCUUGGAACAUGCAUCCACAUGCAGCGUUCGUGUUUGUCUGUGUAGACCAGGCAUGUAAAGUUCAUGUGUAAUUCCCAGUUAGUAUUGUAGACUUUUAACUGCAACCAAUUCCAUCAGAGUACGACUACCCAUCCAGUCGAGUACCAGUCAGUGACCAGACCCCAGCCCAACACUCCCAAGAAAUGACCUUCCAAGUGACCACCGCUAUCCGACAGCAUCUUCACCCCUGUCCUAUUUUCUCAUCCGUCACCCCGUUAGAGCUUUCCUCUAAGCAGCGUCAAGUCCAGAAGGGGGCCUCAACUAUUUAUGAAUUCUUUUACACUGAAGUCCUCCUUUGUACAUAGUUUCUCUCCUUGCUUACUGAUUGUGGUUCUUAUUUAAAAGCUAGAUUACUUAUCAUAUCCAGAGUAUUUCCCUGUCUUGUAGCUCACCUGUUCUGCUUGUAUUAUUGCUCUGCUUUUGUUUUUCUAUUAAAUAUCUGUCAAUACUCAA